AUGGUGGUUGAUGAUGACACGGAUGAUGAAGGUGCACGCGAUGACAUCGAAGGACUGCUUAAUGAUGCAUUUGGAGAUCAUGCUGAGGGUGUUACUGUAGGUCCAAAUGAAGAGGCUAAAAAGUUUUAUAAUUUAAUAGAUGGGCAAGGUGCAUAUAACACUGUUGAUAUCAUGCAGACCAAGUUUAUCCUCCCAGACAGUGGAGAAAAGUGGGUGAUCCAAGCAAUUCGGGAUGCUUGGAAGCGGUUCAAGGGAAAGAUUAAGCAAAAGCACUUUGUUCCCUUUGAUACCAUCGAAGAUAUGGUGAAAAAUCGACCGACACAAGUUCCAGAAAGUCAAUUCAUAAAAUUGAUCUAUUAUUGGAGUCAUCCUACAAUCCAGUCAAUAACUGAAAAAAAUAAGAAACAUAAAGAACAGCAAAAGUUUCCACAUCGCAUGGGGCCAAUCAAUUUCGGAAGAGUACGAGUGGCUCUGCGCGCGACAAAGGAAACAAAUGAGGAACCAAAAAGGUUUGAAAUGUUCCUUGCUACUCGAACAAGUCGGAAAAGGAAGGAAGUUGAUCAGGAAACACAAGAUGCAAUUGUAUGAGAAUUCAUUGAAUUACUAAUGAUUAUAAAUC